AUGCAAUCACAUCCAGAGAACCCUCAUCAUCGCAACCAGAUACAUGCAUACACGCCACUCUGGUUGAAUCAAGGAGGUCAUGCAUACAUGCCACUGUGGUUGAAUCAAAGAGGUGAUGCCUACAUGCAGCUCCGCUUCAAUCAAGGAGGUGAUGGGAAUCAAAGACCCGAGAACCGACUGGAGAACAAUGCUCAACAUCAGUCUCGGCAGCGUCCCGAACAACAAAGUCAGGAGAAGCAAGGCAACGCCUUUCACCAGAACAGAAGCGGAUGGAUGUCAACAUAUCAGCAAACAAUGCAAGGUCAGAUGUUUGCGAGGAUCAACGAGGUGCGUUUUGUACAGCUGCCAUGGACCUUCAGGCAGCAGAACUUGCCAGUGCCCUCACACAUGCAAGUACAGCCAGUCCAGUUUCAGGGACCGUAUCAGACUCAGACCACCUCUAGAAAUGGCGAACAGGAACUUAAGCUUCAUCACAGUGAAAGAGAAAAAAAUAUUAAGGUGGAUCCUCUAAGCAGCAGGUCGACCACAAUUGCUGAGGGUCCCAUUCCAUAUAUUGUGGUGGCUGACUCUUCAGAGGAUGAAGACAGUGCUGACCCCCAAAAACCUUUGAAGAGCAAAAACCAACAUAUAAGUUGCUACGCACGGGUGUGCAGCAUUUGCCAUGAAUUUCUGCCACGACAGGGUCAAGUUAUUAAACAUUACGCAACACACGUGAGAACAGAAGUUACACCUGAAGGGGAGACAAUACAUACCUGCGCAACAUGCGGUAAAAGUUACUCAGUUCGGCAUACAGCCAUAAUCCAUGCGAGAAUACACUGUCCGGAAAAAAAAAUUUCUUGUUCAGAGUGUGGUAAAAGUUUCACUUAUAAGGACCAAUUUAAAAAACACAUGAUGGUGCACACUGGAGAAAAACCUUUUUCCUGCUCAGUGUGCGGAAAAAGAACUAGAAGCAAGAACAACCUUGAAAAGCACAUGGUGAGACAUAGUGAUGAGAGGCCAUUUUCUUGCUCACAUUGCAGUCUUCAAUUUAAAUGUAAGGUUGCUUUGAACUCACACAAAAGGACACACACUGGAGAAAAACCCUUUACUUGCUCAGUUUGCUUUAGAAGUUUCGCUCUGAAGACCAAUUUAGAAAGUCACAUGAGAACACACACGGGAGAAAGACCUUUUGCUUGCUCGGAAUGCGAUCAGAAAUUUCUUCAGAAGCCACAUUUGAUGGCACAUAUGAACACACACACUGGUGUGAAACCUUACACCUGUGCUGUGUGUUUCCAACGAUUCUUUCGUAAAAGUGAAGCUCGCAAGCACAAAUGCCCGGGCGAGAAAAGCGGCUCUACAUAAAGUUUUCAAGUAGGGCUGCAACUCAUGAUCAUCUGUUGAUUAUCCAUACAUUGAUUUAUGUGACAGAGGAACUGUGGAAAAUAGGUGUGAUUGAUUCUUAUUACCACUGCCUGAUGUGACCUUGAAUUGCGUAAUGUUUUUGUAUUAUCUUAAACAGUUUUUUUUUUCUUCUAAGAAUUGGAUUUUAACUCCUGUGUAAAUUUGAUUUUUGUCAUUCUCCCCUAAUAAAAAAAAAAAAAAAAAAACACGCAUUGAAUAAA